AGGGUGGAGUGUGUUUUGUGUUGUGUGGCUAGAGUAAAUUUCAGGAAACACUACUAGUGAGCUUACUUCGUAGUCCAAGAAGCUGAGAAAAAGGUCCAAAUUCUUCUGUUUUCUUCUGCACCAUGCAGGCACUACUGUUUGUGUUUUUAUUUCUUCUGGUACCUGCUUCAGCACCAGCAAAGAAAGACGAUGACGAGGAUUGGGUUAAACUACCCAAUAAAUGUGAAGUGUGCAAGUACGUCACGGUCGAAAUGAAAUCUGCAUUUGAAGAAACAGGAAAAACCAAAGAAGUGAUUGACACAAAGUAUGACUACAUGGAGGAAAAAAAGGGGAUUCCGAUAAAAUAUGUCAAAUCUGAUAUCAGAUUCAUAGAAGUAAUGGAGACAAUUUGUCAGAGGCUCAUGCAUUAUAAUUUGCACAAAGAAAGAACAGGAAGCAACCGAUUUGCAAAGGGAAUGGCGGAGACGUUCCAGACGUUACACAAUUUAGUGCACAAGGGAGUGAAGGUGGUGAUGGACAUCCCGUAUGAACUGUGGAAUGAGACGUCUGCGGAGGUAGCAGACCUGAAGAAGCAGUGUGAUGUGAUGGUGGAGAAGUAUGAAGAUGUCAUUGAAGACUGGUAUAGGAAACAUCAGGAUGAGGAUCUCACCACUUACCUGUGUGAAAAGCAUGUACUGAAGGGGGAAAACCAAGAUUGCUUGAAAGAAGUUUGGACUCCGAAAAAGGGCGAAACAGCAGCUAUUGAUGAAAAGAAGAAGAAGAAAAAGAAGAAAGGAACAAAUAAUGACAAGGAGAACAACAAAAAGAAGAGCAAGGGAAGGAAAAAGAAGACGAGUGAACUGGAGACUGAGAGAAGGGACAGAGCAGAGGAUUUUACAUCUGAUGAAGACAUCCAGAAAAAGGCCCCCCUCACCCAUGAUAAAAGUGAUCUAUGAGAGAGACGCAAGGAUCCAAUGUGCUGUGGACUGACUUCUUAAUACAGUACCAGGCAAAAUGUGCACCACUUUUCACAAUGGAAUGAAGACCACUUAAUCCGUGUGAUUCAGGCCCCAAAAAGUUUGGCAUUGCUUUCAGGAAAAGUGAUGCACAUUUUUACUGUAGGAAAAUACUUUAAAAAAUGAAUGUGGCUGACAUACUUCAUUUGGAACACUGGAAUCUCUGUAAGUGUAAGGAAGGAUUGAAAUUUUCUGUGUUUUUUAUCAGUUUCCAUAGUCCACUCUGAGUGCCACUCAAUACAAUUGGAGGGAAUUGAUUAUCUUAUCUGUACAGCGGUCUGUGUGCAUUUGAGAUGUAAAGCUAUAUAACUAAUUGAUCCCACAAUGUUUUGGUAUAAACUGCUGUACAGGUAUCAAAACUAGACAUUAACAACUCAAGCGUGUUUGGCAUUGGAGAAUAAAACCUUUUGCAUGUCAGUGGAAGUCAAACUAACCCUCUGAUUACAUUUAAAUGACGGUGCCCUCUCCUGUCAUUUGAAUUCAAAUUGUCUUCUCGGGUGAGUGAAGUAUAAGAAGACGUUGGCUAACGUUUAUUUCCUUGGAGUUCUCCUUGGGUUUAUGAUUCAGUGUUUGAGGUUAUGGAGCCACGAUUUUACGAGGCAGCCAAAAGAAGGGUUUAUUUUAAAUAAAUGUUAUUCAUCUUUAGCCUGUUCCACUUUUCUAAUUGUUAGCCUGUGGGACAGUUUGUUUUUGUGUCCCCUGUACAUCAAGGCAAUAUACAGAUUUUACAAGUACAAGCUGUAGUUCCACCCAUUUAAAACAUUUUUUAACUGUUUCUUCUUGCUGUCUAAUCACUUCCUGUGCAGUACAUCACAUGACCUGAUUGCAACUCGGCCCUUGGAGUGAAACUGAACUACAACACAGGAAGUUGUUGUGCACCAGGAAAUAGCAGCAACUUUUACUUCUUAGUGUUAUCUUUGACAAAUCUGCAUAAGCAAAGUACCUGUCAAUUUUCAUCAGAAAUAAAUUGGAACUAGUCAUAAUAUUGAUAUUUCUUGUAAAAGGCAUGAAAAUUGAUAUCGACCAGUAAUGUCAAACUGCACAGGCUUGGCCAGUACCACUAGGGGGUGCUGUGGGUUAAUGCAAUAGCCUUUCGCCUCUGGGGGCUCGAAGGUUUGAUCUCACAAAUCAAAUCUGGUUGAUGGGUUUAACUUAGUCUGACUCACAAAGCUACCACGCAAUGUGGCACACAGAUGUUCAGGUCAUGAUUAUCAGGGUACAUUGGUGAAACGGGGCUCAGGGUAUCAAUAUAACUAGAAUGAGCUUGAUGCAGUUUGACACAUUUUUGAGGAACUCUAAAAUGAAUGUGUGUAAAUAUGUUGGACAACAAAAGAGUUUUUAGGCUAUACCUUUAAAUAGGAUCAGCUGAAUCCGAACAUAAAACCGUUCGCCUUUGAGACCACAAAGUGUACUCUUGAGGUGAGAAGUGAAGCAAGCUGGUUUGAGUUUAUCAUCGGGGCAAGGAGAAGUAUUGUAUUCCUUCUGACAAAUGAAGGUUAAGAAUUUCUCAUCUGUCUGCUAGGGGGGGUUGCGGAUUGUAGCAUUCAGUGUAACGAGAAUUCCAAAAACAGCUGAUGAAUGGCAGGCUUGAUUUCCCCAGUUAAUUAAAAUAUGUGAUCUGCUACCCAUUACUGAAAUAUGUGUCCCAGCAUUGCACGAUUCAGGAUUCUAAAAUGGCUUUAAAUUGAUAUAUUUUGUCUGCAAAUUCAAUUUUUUUUUUUAAUUGUCUGUAGGAAGCGUUUAUUAGGCUGUUUUUGCUUCUGUGUGAAUUUGGUUUUGACAGAUGGAUGUUUUCAGAUUUUUACUUUUUUCUAUGUUAACGUGUGAAUUUGGGUUUGUUAAAAUAUAGCAACUGGGUGUAGGCAUGAAACACCACGGUCAUCUGAGUACAUCCUUCUUGCUUUAAAUUAAUUUAUAGUAUAGUGUUUCAGUCAUCACAUCCCGAUGCUUUUUAAAACCCUGAAGUUAAAAGCAUCCCAUGGCCUCAAUAGAGUUCUCAAUCAUGUGUACAUGUAAGUACUGCUAGUCAAGCAGAGUUUAACCAGUAACCUGGAACCUCUGCAACACUGCCCUCAGUGGAUAAAUCAUUAAUCAUCAGUGAUUAAGGAAUUCCACCCAAGACUGGUGUGAUUCUAAACAACAAGAUGAAUGUUAGAUAAGUCUUUUCCAGGCCUGUACCCAGUUGUGUUUCUGUAUUGAAGAUUUGAUCCUGUUUAUUAGAUUAUCUGUGAUUUAAAUGUUCAUACCACUCAUGUGGCUAAAUUACCAUUAGUUAUUUUUAUGUUACGUCAUGAAAAGUUAGUGACAGGAUCUUCUUUGUCAUUAUGACAUCCUGCACCACAAAUACAUUCUAUUGCUACUGCGUAUGAUUUCAAACAAACAUUGUUAUACACAAAUAGAUUCUUAUUCUGUGCUGUAAGCAUUCGUGGCAUAAACAAGAUAUAUCAUGAAAACUCAUGACUUGCGUAAACGACAUAAACUUAUUUAUAUUAACAAACUCGCCCCAUGGUUCGUUUUGUAGCCACGCCCAUUACAUAAAUACUCUUUCCAUCAGAAUUAAUCUAUUAAACCGUAUGAAAUCUUCCAACAUAUUAUUAUUAGUGCAUGUAUUUAAAGUUUGUUUUAUUUCAUUAGUUGAAGUUGAAUAUUAAUGAAACUUGUCUAGACGGUUGUUCGCUUUGAUUACAGUGGUACAAAGGUAUUUGCAUUAUUAGAUCUUGCACUGGCCCUGUAUAUAUGCCCUGUGAAGCAGUAUUUUUAUAAAGAGAUUUUAUUUACAAUGCAGUGACAAAUACUCACAUCACACCCUGUUUACUUUGAAAUGUAACAUGUUGCUUUAAGGUGGGAUACUUUAGUGGUAUUGCAUGUUUAAACAGUACUGUCUACAUGCAAAAUAAUGUGUUUCAUCUCAUUAAUAGUACAGUAGACUUGCUAAUCCAAAUGCUGCUAGUCAUAACUAUUCCAUAAUCCAUACUGUACCAUGCUAUUGUAAAUGAAUGCAAAGUAAUUCAUAGUCAUUUUAAACAGAAGUACGGUAGUUUUCAUAAGAGGAGAUUGAAGCUGAUGCUGAUUUUAAGUGAUUCUUUGUAAUAUUUGCUAAUUUCUUUACAUCAUUUAUAAACUCAGUCUCCUUUAAUUUCUGUCAAUAUGUAGUAAUUAUUAAGAAAAACUUAAAAUAAUUUGUCCUUUUUUUUAGUUUAGUGAGUUUUUCUGUUUUUUUUUUAUUAUAGAAGUUUUUCACUAUAUAUUUCAGUUUCCUAAGUGUUUUCCUUGUGUAUGCUAAAUAUUUGCAGCUCCUUUCCGUGGUUAACAUUAGUCACAACAUUGCCCUACAGUAUUGCUAUUUACCAAUGCUUUCACUGUGCUUUACUACAUUUUGCUGUGCCUUUCCCAUCUUAUACUGUUCCACACAGGGUUUCUAAGUAUACUUGUAAUGCAGUAAUAGCAAAUGUUUUAGUUUCUUUCUUUUUGAACCCAUAACGGUACAAGGAUGCCUUCAAGAAACUGGUUAAUUGAUUAAAGUACACUUUGUAAAGAA